AUGACUGGAAGUGCAGAAUCUGCAAAGGGGCUUCUUCAGCUCGGGGCUCUGGUAUGUCUUGACUGUCAGGAUUUUGACUUGACAAGAAGGAGGGUGCGCGUCAUGCCCGAAGAACGCACCAUAGCAUGGUAUUCUACAUUCUCAACGUUGAUGGACUACUAUCCACGUCAAGUGCGGCUCAUUUCGCUACAUCAAUGGAUAACUUGGGGGCUUCGACGUCUCAACUCCCUCUCCACGAGAGUGACAUCCACGACCACGAAGAGCCUCCUCCCUACGCGGGAUAAUUCCCUACUACCUCCCCUCGGAGUACCAAGUCCAAAUGCCCUCCAGGUUCCAUACAGACGGCUCACCAACAUCCAAUUGCCCAAGCGGCAGGCAUUCUCUCCAAUUGAAACCCGACAGUCAACCCUCCAACCAUCCUCCGUACAAUAUGGACCUGAGCGUUCUCGUACACCGCCCAGAACUCCUUUCCGUAGUUUACGCGAAUCUGUACAUAAGCCAUUCUACUCGAGAUAUAUUAUCACGGAAAUGUCUAUUAUCUUUCAUCGAGAAGCGCGCGUUUGUGACUACUGCGAGAAAACGGGGAUUACGGAGUGGUACAGCUGCUCCGAAUGCUCCAAGAACAUGUGUCUCAAAUGCGCUGAAGACGGCAAAGGCCGUCGCCAUAUUCGGCAGCAUCCCCACGAUAUGGUACUUUUCGUGCUUGAAGUUGGAGGAGUGUUACCAGAAGGAGUGAAUGCUUUCGUUUCCGGUUCACCAGAUAUUGCAGAGAAUAACGAUAUUCUGGAGAGAAGCGAAGACCCUCCGCCAUAUGUCGCUUAG